AGUUAGGAUGACACAGAUAGCAAGUCCUGGUCGGAGCUGCCGCUAAAUUUAGGAAAAACAGUGCUGUCCUCGACUUCCAAUCUCCGGGGGGGGGCCACCCUGGGGGGGAGGUGUCAGGGGCAUGGACACCACCCCCUGGGGGGCCCUGCUGCUAUCUCCUCUGCUCCCCAUGCACUUCCUAAGCAGGAGGGCCAUCUAGCAGACAAGAUGAGAGAAAGGAUACCUGGGACCCUAGUGAGGCUAGACCACUUCGAGGGGUGCCAGGGGCUUGUGGGCCAGCUGGAUUGUUGUUUAAGUAACCUAGGGCCUCUGAGUUGGCAAAUGCUUAGAAAUCACUCCAGGAGGACAACUCCAGCCGCAGUGGAGGAAAAAGGAGCCUCCGAGGGGCGUCGCUGCUGACAUGGCUCAGGAAAACUCGGCCUUCUCCCCUGGGCCCGAGGAGCCGCCCGGGGGUCUCCCCCGCGCCCUGGCGACGCGCGCCGCGCCCCGAGAGCCUCCGGAGAGGCCGCCCCGACGGGGCCGUCAGCGCUACGUGGAGAAGGACGGCAAGUGCAACGUGCAGCAGGGCAACGUGCGGGAGACGUACCGCUACCUGACGGACAUCUUCACCACGCUGGUGGACCUGCAGUGGCGGCUCAGCCUGCUCUUUUUCGUGCUAGCCUAUGCGCUCACCUGGCUCUUUUUCGGCGCCAUCUGGUGGCUAAUCGCCUACGGCCGAGGGGAUCUGGAGCACCUAGAGGACACGACGUGGACGCCGUGCGUGAACAACCUCAACGGCUUCGUGGCCGCUUUCCUCUUCUCCAUAGAAACCGAGACCACCAUCGGCUACGGGCACCGCGUCAUCACGGACCAGUGCCCCGAGGGCAUCGCGCUGCUGCUGCUGCAGGCCAUCUUGGGUUCCAUGGUCAACGCCUUCAUGGUGGGCUGCAUGUUCGUCAAGAUCUCGCAGCCCAACAAGCGCGCAGCCACGCUCGUCUUUUCCUCGCACGCCGUGGUGUCUCUGCGCGACGGGCGCCUGUGCCUCAUGUUCCGCGUGGGCGACUUGCGCUCGUCUCACAUCGUGGAAGCCUCCAUCCGCGCCAAGCUCAUCCGUUCGCGCCAGACGCUCGAGGGCGAGUUCAUCCCCCUGCACCAGACCGACCUCAGCGUCGGCUUCGACACGGGCGAUGACCGCCUCUUUCUCGUCUCGCCCCUGGUCAUCAGCCACGAGAUAGAUGCCUCCAGCCCCUUCUGGGAGGCGUCACGCCGUGCCCUCGAGAGGGACGACUUCGAGAUCGUGGUGAUCCUUGAGGGCAUGGUGGAGGCCACUGGGAUGACAUGUCAAGCUAGGAGCUCCUAUCUGGUGGAUGAGGUGCUGUGGGGUCACCGCUUCAUGUCCGUACUGAGCCUGGAGGAUGGCUUCUACGAGGUGGACUAUGCCAGCUUCCACGAGACCUUCGAGGUGCCCACACCCUCCUGCAGUGCCCGAGAGCUGGCUGAGGCUGCUGCCCGGCUUGAUGCUCAUCUCUACUGGUCCAUCCCCAGCCGGCUGGAUGAGAAGGUGGAGGAGGAAGGGGCGGGAGAAGGGCCGGGCUGGGGGAAUGGAGGAGACAAGGAGAAGAAUGGCCGUUUGCCGCCCCCAGAGAGCGAGUCCAAGGUGUAGCUAUAGCCGGAGGAGGUAGGAUACACCCCUCCCCCACUACCUCCCAACCCCAGUGUCAGACAGAUGGCCAGGAUCAGGAGAGACAGGACAAAUGGUAGCAGAGAGGUCCAGGCAUGAAAGAGAAAAAGACUUAAAUACCUAGAAAAGGCUAGAAGUUCAGUGGGCCCUUUAGAAUUUCAAGUCUAAGAUCCACUCUAGAGGGAGAGAGCUGGUGAAGGUAUUAUUAAGGGUGGGAUUGAGAAUCCAUUUGCCAUGGAGAUAGGAUGAAUGGUAUAGGAGUUGUGAACCAUUGCAUUUAUGUUUGUUAUUAAAUCUAUUUAAAGAUGGACACAUAUUUGAGUGGCAGAGGGUCAGAUCAGUAUUUGGAUGAGAAGGUAGGGGAAAGAGAUAUGAUCUAAUAAAUAUAUGACUGGAUGGGGAAUUGGGAGUUUUAUGAGAGGACGGGUAGAGAAAUGGAAGGAGUGAUAAGAUUAGGAUUAGAUUAGAUUAAGCUAUGGAGUGGAUUGGUAGUUGUGUGGGAAGCUGAGAGGUUGGGUGGAUGGAUGGAUGGAUAUCUUGAUGGAAGGACAGAGACAGAGAAAUACUUGGACAUUAGUGGGUAGAGGUGAGUGGCAGAAUGGAUAGGAAUGCUGAUGAAUGGAAAAAUAGAAAGAAGAGAGAGUAAUAUAGGAACUCCUCCUGCCCCAGCAGGUAAAGCAGAGAGCUCUGAGUUGAAGGUAGAAGAGAAAGAAUCAGUGCCUAAGGGGAAGAAAGACUGAGCCAUGGGUAGCUGGCUCUUCAGAUAGGCAUUAAAAAGCUUCUAUAUUAAGAGAAUCAUAUGUAUAUACAGAUCUGUUUUUUAACUGCUGGUGGGAUGGGGUGGUAAGGGCUUGGGGGUGAUCCCAACACUGUCAAGUAGCUCCAGUGUAGUUGAGGGUCAGAGCAGGCUAUUCCUGGAGAGGACAAGAGAGCAUUUGAGUGAUCGUGAAUAUUCAGACAGGGGCUACAUAAGCCAGAGCUGAAGAAGGAGGGUCUUCUAUCACUUUUGUCACUGAUGAGCAAGAUGGGAGACGGAGGAAAGAAAGAGCCAAUCAAUGCUGUUGACUGAGCAGCACCUGGGUGCUGAGCGCUGACCCGGGUGCCUUAGAGAGAGGCAGUAGGACAUGAGAAGAACUGGUCCCUAUCCUUGCCAUCCAUUUGGUGAGAAAGAAUACACGUGUGCAAAAAACUGGAUAGACAACAUAUCAAUCCAGAAAAAUCAGUAUAGAGACCAAGAGAUGAGCAGUGCCAAAUAAUGAGCAUGCCCAAGUUGGGAGAGGGCAGUAGUCUUGGAAGGCACCUUUGCACUGAGUUCUGCAAUACUUAAGGAUCUGUACCGGUGGGCAAAGAGAGGCUAAAAUGAUUACUUUGGGUAGAAGGAAUGUACAGAGGUCAGGAGGUGGAAAUGGGAGCAGACCAGCUUGGUGAACCAGGUGAAAUAGGGUCCCUGAGCAUGGUAGAGAGGCCGUGAAUCUCAGGAUUAAGAAUUUGGAUUCUGCGGAGUUGGUAUCAGGGAACCAUUGAUGGUUUUUCAAUAGUUCUUGCUAUCUGCCGGGCACUGGGCUUACAAAGAGAAAAAUGAAACAGUCCCUGCCUUCAUGGAGCUUAUGUUCUAUUGGAGGGAGACAACAGACAUGCACAGAGAAGUAAACAAAAAUAUAGGGAUAAGGACCAGACCAGUGAUUUCACUGGAAAGGGGAACUGCUGGCUGAAGAAACUCCCUCUACAAUUCCUUUUACCAGUGUAAUACUUGGCGCCUUCUCUGCACUUUAUAAUCUUAGCAAGAUCUCUGAACAGAUUGAGUGACUUGCCUAAGGCCACUUAGCCAAUAUAUGUCAGAGACGGGACUUGACCUGUCUUCCUAGAUUCAAGGCCAGCUCUCUGGCUUUGUUUAUACAUAGGAAAGGUGCAGCAAGUAGGAAGGGGGAGGGUACAGAGAGAAGCACCAGACAGGGUGGAGAAUCAUGGAAAGGUAUUCCCUAGGACGUGGGGCUUAAGCUAAGCCUUCCAGGUGAGGAAGGGGAAGGAGAAGAUUUCAGUAAGGAAGUGGGAGGAGGCAGGGAGUGGAGAGGAAGGAGAGGAACAUGGAGGGCAGCCUUUGCAAAGGCAGAGAGACAAGAGAGCAGGAUAUGCACAGCAAAACAGCAGGGGAGUGACAUCGAAUUAUGAUGGAAGUGUGCUUUGGGAAGAUUUGUCUGAUGAUGAUUGUGGGAUGCAUUGAAAGCAAGAGAGAAAGGGGGCAGGGACCUCAGGAGGCAAUUAGGAAGCAAUUGCAGUAACCCAUCCAUGAGGGGACUGGAGGAAACAGCAUUUCAGUUGGGCUUUUAAAGUUUUAAAGAUUGGAUUCGAGCGUGGGUUAAUACCCUGGGACUGAUUCCUCUGAGGAGAGAGGACCUGAAUUAGAGUGGUGGCCAUGGAAAGGGAGCCUAUCUCUUCUAGGAGAAGGAUGACCAGGAUGGAUGGAAUAAGAGGAAUGAAGCAGAGAAAGAUUCAAAGAUGACUUUGACUGUGAUCGUGGCCUGCUGUCUGUCUGUGCUGCUUGGACUGGGAGGCCCCCCAGAAAUAAGCUCCUUUCCACAUCCUCUCAUGCCCUGCCUGCCCUUCCCACCCUUCUGACCCAGUAAUUAAAAGAGCAGAGGCCUAUGGGACCAGAUCAGGAGUGAUAAGGGUGGGGGUAAAGCUCGGAUGGUAAGGUGUAAUGCAAGAGAGGCAAACGUCUUUAAAGGAAGAAAAAGAAAAUAUGGCCACUGGCCAAGAGCACCCACACCCUAGUCCUGCCUGCCCUCAAAAGGGAGGAAGGACGUUUAUGGAAGUACUGGCUUAAUAAGGGCCCUUUGCUUCACAACUGUGACUUCAUACUCACUCCUGCUCUUAAAUAAACUUACAGCCCCUCUGGGGGGAAGAACUCUA